AUGUUCCACCUCAUUCAUUGCCUCGACUACCUUCGCAAAGCGCUGCAUCCAGAUGUCUACACUCUCGGCAAAAUUCAUGGCCCUUUGCACCAACUCCACUGCAUCGAUCACCUUCGCCAGCUAGUCCAAUGUUCAGCAGACCUCACGAUCAUACCAACGAUAUAUCACCCUGGUAUCCACAAGAAUUACAUCGACGGCGACCAGGUCCACACGUGCCGUGACUUUGGAACUAUUCAUAGUUGGGUGAAGGACCGAUAUGAUGGGCCCGCGGCCGUCAAGCCUCGACACCCGAAUGGGACUGUCCGAGAGGCGGUUGUGGAUUUGAGCGAGGAGGGGAUGCCGGUUGAGUUUUGA